AUGUCAUUUAUAGGCCUUUAUCCUGAAAAGCUAAUCAGCCAUAUAUUUCAACCAACAACGCUGGCCAGUUUUGAUUCACUCCGCAAAAAUUCCAGAUUAGAUUUCCGCCGUGAACUUUUCCAGUUAAAUGAGAGUGUUCGUCUGGAAUGCCCUGAUUAUAAUGGUUGCUUUCUACCUGACAAUUUCCUCAAAUCCAUUUCCAAGAACCAUGAAAUAUUUGGCAGACUGCCUGAUGUAAAGUCUCCUUUUAAUUCAAUCUCACAGAGGAAUACGAUGUUCUUUGAAGUUGUCCAGAACCUCAACAAAUUGUUCAAAAAUAAAAAUAAAUAUCUAAUAGAUUUUCUUCUGCCACAUUUUCAAACUGCAGAUAUUGAAAUCCGUCUUGAUGUUGAAGGUGAAGCAGUUCCUUGCGAUUUAUGGAGAUCUUCACCAACAAAGACUGUUGAAAAUCCAAUCACUGACUGCUACCUCACUGAUCUCCUUCUUCAUUUGGCGAAUGGAAAUUCAUUUCAAAGAAUAGCUGUGGUUCUGUUUGGGCCAAACUGUUAUUGUCGAAUUUAUGACCCAGAAAAAGGAGGUUUAUCUUACCACCUACUUGGCCUUCACCAAACAAAGCUGCGACAACUAGAAAAAAAAGGGUUUAAAGUGGUAAAAAUUCCAUUCUUUGAGCUUCCUGGAGGUCCGGAUCAAUUAAAUUAUCUUCAGCAAAAGAUUUUCAAGUCUCAAUCCAAACAUUGA